AUGGCCUCAGAUCAGAACUUCUUCCACAACUGCCUCCUCAGCCUCUACCUCAUAGCACCCCCAACCUACAUCUCCCUCAGGUUCCUCCAGGCCCCCUAUGGCAAGCACCACCGCCCAGGUUGGGGGCCCACCAUGUCCCCUCCCUUGGCCUGGUUCCUCAUGGAAAGCCCAACUCUUUGGCUCACCCUCCUCCUCUUCCCCUCCGGCCUCCACUCUUCCAACCCAAAAGCCCUUUUUCUCAUCGUACCCUUUCUCUUCCACUACUUCCACCGCACCUUCCUCUACCCGCUCCGCCUCUGCCGGAAUACCACCAAUCCCAAAACAUCAGGCGGUUUUCCGGUGAGCGUGGCGCUCAUGGCAUUUGGGUUCAAUCUGUUGAAUGCCUACUUGCAGGCCAGAUGGGUUUCUCAGUACAAAGAUUAUGAGGCUGAUGGGUGGUUUUGGUGGAGAUUCUGUGUUGGGUUGGUGGUGUUUGGUUAUGGCAUGGCUGUGAAUAUCUGGUCUGAUAGGGUCUUGGUGGGAUUGAAGAAAGAGGGGAAGGGGUACAAGGUGCCAAAAGGGGGGUGGUUUGAGUUGGUGAGCUGCCCAAACUACUAUGGGGAGAUAGUGGAGUGGUUGGGAUGGGCAGUGAUGACGUGGUCUUGGGCUGGGCUAGGGUUUUUCCUCUACACGUGUGCCAACUUGGUGCCCAGGGCACGUGCGAACCAUAAGUGGUAUUUGGAGAAAUUUGGGGAGGAUUAUCCUAAGGGCAGAAAAGCUGUCAUCCCCUUCUUGUAUUGA